AUGACCACCCUGGGGAACUUUGCUCUUGCAGGUCUGGGACGCAUAGGGCAAUUCGUGGCUGAGGAAUUCGUGAAACUCAAGGCGGACGGCAAGAUUUCGCGAGUGGACAUCCUCACCCGCCGAGACCCAGCCGGAGACGAGACGCUCGCCACGCUCGCGGAGCUCGGCGCCAACGUCAAGACGGUCGACUACGCCUCGCACGGCUCCCUCGUCUCGGCGCUGUCUGGCAUCGACGCGGUGGUGUCCGUCACCGGCGGGUACGGCGAGGCCAUCCAGAAUAAUAUCAAGCUCGCGGACGCCGCGAAGCACGCGGGCGUGCAGCUCUUCGUGCCGUCCGAGUGGGGUCUCUAUUCGAAAGGCCUGAACCAGGGCUUCUACAUCACCCACGCUGAGGUGCACAAGAAGCUCGAAGAUAUCGGUUUGCCGUAUGCCAUGGUAUACUGUGGCAUGUGGUCAGACGCCGUCUUGUCCCCCCUGUUCGGAUGGGACGUCCCCAACGGGAAGGUCACUAUGUGGGGAGACGGGAAUAAGCCGAUAACGUGGACGACCAGGGAGGACGUGGCUCGUUUCACGGAACAUCUCCUCACGCACACCCCGGCAGAGCAGCUAUACUGGAAAACCUUCAACAUCGAAGGCGAUCGCAAGACCCUGAACGAGAUCGCUGCGGAAUACACCGCGCGAACGGGGAAGAAGCUCGACAUCACGCACCGCCCCAUCUCCGAGCAGGAGAAGAUCUUCGCGGAGAGCGACCCGACCUCGAUGGAGGGCAUUCUCGCAUUCAUCCUGCUGAACUGGGAUAACGGCAAAUUGGACCUGUCGAAAGCGCCGGGCGGGCUCGCGAACCACCUCUGGCUGGAGUGGAAGCCAACUCGGGCUGUGGACGCACUCCUUGCCGCCUACCCCGCGUAG